UUGCUUUUUUUCCCAUAGAGCAAUCUGAAAUUUCAAAGUGCCAUAAAUUGUCCUACUAGUUUAAAGAUUAUUAUAAAAACAAACAGAAAUUUCUUUUAGUAUACAAACAAUUUAUGCACUAUUCUUAUUUUCUUAUAUUCAGUUUCCAUUCAAGGUAUCGUCCACGUUUUCAUGCUUCUUUAAUAUUUUGAAUCAAUUCGAAUAACACUUGUUCCACAGGCAAAUAUAAUGUAUAUGCAUUAUUUAUUUUAUUAAAGGAUAUGUCAAAAAUAAAAAGUUUAUUAUAAAUAUAUGACUUCAACUUGGGCUUUGCGUAACUUGCGCAAAAAUGAUUUGGUGAUCUAGACAAACCUGUCCUCCAUUAUACUUACCGUGUCAUAAAUGACACGCGUCAAACUAUAUUUACUAUAUUUCUUGUGAAAUUUAAAAAGUCUAAUAUGUGUCCAUUUUUAUAAAGAUUUAGUACCAGAUUUAAAUAUCUUUGGACAUUAUUUUUAUAAUAUUCAACGAAACUUUCGAAAUUUAAUCCAAGAUGGCAAGUGGGUGAAAGUUUUUGACGUUACAUAGAUUGGAAAUAUUUCACUUGUGUCUUGUAAUUUUUCCACUUGUUAAUCUAUACGGUUCAGUGUCAUCUGGUGGUAACAUCAAUUUGACGGAGCAAAUUUUCAUUUUUAAUCGAAAUUAUACGGAACGUCAAGGUUUUAAAGGAUGGCUUGGCUCUCGGGGCUGGCCGGGAAGGCUGAAAAUCUUCUUAAUAAAAUUGAUCAAAAUACAGCUGCUGUAUUAAACAAGGAUAGGCUCGAUGUAGAACCUCAACCAUUGCUUACAGAGGUUACUUGGGAGCCUCCACAAGUGUGCCUUCCAAAAAAUGCUGGGAAUUCUAGUUUGGAGUCACCAAAACAUUUUCCUUAUAUUCGUUCUACUGGGAACCUUGGAUCAUUAACACCGAUUAAAUCAAAGCUAGACAGAGAGGAGGAGCUCAUCACAUUUUUAAAUACACCAACUACAACACCAAAAAGGAAUAUUACUUUGGAACAUAUAAAACCGCCAUCAAACUCUUCAUCCAUUAUUGUUGAACAUCCUUCAGAUAAUACUGACUCUGUGUCUGAAUUAUCUAUUCGAAGUGGAAGAACCAGUCCAAGCUUAUCCCAUACUUCAGUCGAAGUCCCAGAAUCUGAUUUCGACCAAAGUUUACCAAAUGGUGAAAUAGAAAUCGAUCUGCAAAAGGAAAACUUGUCGCUGAAAAGUGAAAUGCAAAAUUUAUGCAGUAAAUUGCUAGUUGCAUUAAACAGGGAAAAAGCCAUUGAGAACGAACGCAGUGAGUUACAGCACCAGCUUGAAAGUUUACGUCAAGAAUAUGAGUAUAGACUAUCUCAACAAAAACUGGAAAUGGAUCAGUUAAUAAAAUCAGUCAAAGAUGCAGAUCUAACGAAUCAUUUGAAAACAACUCAAAAAGAUUUGAAAGAAAAAAAUGAAUUACUUGGCAAACAGCAGACUGAUCAUCAAAAAGAAAUAAAUGUAUUGAAGAAAAACUUACGGUCGCUGGAGAUCGAGAGGGAAGAAUUUUUGAAACAAUUAUUAGAUCUGCAAAGCACUGUUGAAAGAGUUCGUUCAGAAUUGAAUUCAACACGAUCAGAUCUGGAGCAGCAUAGAGCAAGAGCAUUGAAAACUUUGCAAGAGAAAGAAAAAUUGAUAGCAGAAUUAAGAGGAAAUGCGACUACAGGAUUAGAUGACGCAACCAUUAUGGAAUUAAAUCAAUUAAGACAGGAACGCGAGACAUUGCGAGAAGAGAAUCAACAGACCUGCGAACAAUUACGACUGGCACGGGAAGAAUUGAUAAACGCAGAGAUCAAUUUAGAAAAGCUUCGGCAAAAAACAACAGAAGCCAGUCUACAGGCGAAAGAUAUUGUUUCUGUGGAAAGAAGUAGAAGAUUAGAUGCUGAGGAAGAUGCAAGACAACAUUCCGAGGAAAUCAGAUCUCUAAAGGAGGAAUUGGCACAACAGCAGAAUAUUCUUUCAUCAAAAAUACAAAAACAGGAUACAGAAAUUGCUAGACUCAGAUCACAAUUAUCGGCAGCAUCUACGCCAAAUAGCGAAGUAGAAUCUCGACUUUCAUCUCUUACACAGACAUUAGUGUUGAAACAACAAGCUCUGGAAAAUUUAACAACCGAAAGAAAUGCAUUGAGAUUGCAGCUUGAAAAAAUUGAGCACGAGCACAGAAAUGCUAUCGGAAAUUUGAGGAAAAGUAUAUUAUACAAUAGCGUCAAUGACACAGAUGACGCAAAAGCACAAGUACCGACGUUUCUAAUGGAAACACCUUUCGACACAGGGGUUGCUAGACGAGUGAAACGAGCUUACUCAUCGUUAGACGCUGUUAGCGUUAGAACGGGCGUCUUUUUACGCAGAUAUCCGUUAGCACGAAUUCUUGUAUUGUUCUACAUGGCAUUACUGCAAUUUUGGGUUCUGGUGGUAUUAUUAUCACACUCACCAGAAGCACAUUGAUUUCACUCUUUACUCAAUGGAGAUGUUAAAAAAAUUGUGUCGGCAGUUUUUGCCUCUUAUGAUGUGACCAUUAGCAUUAUUCAAAGUAAUAAUGGUUCAUAUAAGAUGCAAUUGAUUUGUAAAAAUAUUAUCGCUUGUUCUAUAAGGAAAUCUCGUAUGCCACAAUGUAUAUAGAUAAUAAAAACUAUUGUUAAAGGGAUACAAAUAAACGAAUAAAUGUUUA